AAGGAGUCUAACAUCUUUAUCGUAAAGAGAGAAAUAUAAUAAUUAUGAUGGAGGCAGUACUUGAAGUACUUGAACACGAGCAUCCAGUAAAGCUCGUUGAUUUGCAGCUACAUUAUGAAGAAGAAGAAGAAGAAGAUGAUGAUGUCGAUGAUGCUAAAGAGGAGGAGGGUGAUGAUCUGAUUACAAAAGAGGGCUUUCGAGGUGUAUGUGACAGGUGUGGUGAAGAAAUCAAUGUGUACCACAGGUACUACUACAAAUGUAUGGCAGAUUCGUCAUGUGAUUUCUCACUUCACAAGUUUUGUGGUGAGCUCCCAGCAUGUUUGGAGAGCACAUUUCACCGACAUCCUCUUACCAUGUUUAUGCUUCGUUAUAAUUGGUCAUGCGGUAUUUGUCAGAGUAAGCACAAUUCAGGUGAAAUGCGUUACAUUUGUUUUGAAUGUGAAUUUUGGAUUGAUGUAAAUUGUGCACUAGAAAUAAGAAAAAGGAUCAUUCAUCAUCCUUGCCACCCACAUUUGCUAAUAUGUGCUAUCACAAAGCCAGUUUUAUGCGACUGUAAUGCUUGUGGGAAGGAACACAAAGGGAUCUUCUAUCAAUGUAGUACCACGUGUACCAACUUCAUCAUCCACAGUGAAUGUGCUUUUCUACCAAAAACAUUGCUAAUCCAACACACCACAUGCGAUGCUUUUCAUCAUACUCAUCCCCUCAUUAUUUCAUAUUCCUUCCCCAUAGAAGAUCAAAAAGCUAAACAUGAUCCCAAAUGUAGAGUAUGCGGUCAUUCUUUUUAUGAUAGGGAGAAUCUUUGGAUUUACAAAUGUGAUAGAUGCAUGUACUAUGUCCAUAUGGAUUGUGCAACAUCAUGUACCGGCGCUGGCAGAACCAACAAAAACUACAAAGAUGUUGAUUAUCCUUAUCUUGUCCAUCUCCCAUUCCCCGAUGAAACAUACAGCAUACCGAAACACUUGUUUUUUCCAAGAAACAGGAACAAGCAAUCAUAAGGUAAAUGAUUACCUAACACACAUGAGUCAUAAACACCCUCUAGUUCUAGUUAAUGUUGAUCAGACACAAAGCAAAAGCAAUAGGCAAACCUCCUCCUCAAAUUCUUUGUUGUUAUUAAUAAAGUGUCAUGACCCAAUGAAAAAGAUCCAACUGCUAUGCAAUGGAUGUCUUAGACCAAUCAUGUCCACCAUGCCAUUUUAUAGGUGUGUUGAUCAAAGUUGCAAUGGCUUUUCUCUCCAUGAGUGGUGCACUCGACUCCCAUUAGAAAUAGAAAACCACCCGGCCCACCCACAACAUACCCUCUAUCUCAUCUGUUCAAAUGACCUUCCUUUCUUUCUUGGUGUGUUCGAGUGUGCUGUUUGUGAUCUACCUUGCAACGGAUUUGCGUAUGGUUGUGAUCGAUGCAAAUACUAUGUUGAUGUUACAUGUGGGCUUAUACCUAAAAAAAUCACACACAAAUCUCACCCAAAUCACCUUUUUUCAAUAGCUCAAGUAGAAGUUACCGAUACUUCUUGUCUUAUAUGUCUCAAAGUUGAGGAGAGAUGUGAACUUUCAUUCUAUUGCAACACAUGCAAUAUUUAUAUACAUUCCAAAUGUGCUCUGUUAUUAACCGAGACAAUAAGACACAAGUAUGACAAGAAGCAUCCCAUGCAUCUCAGUUACUUUCCGAUUGAGAACCAUAAGAGCCAAUACUUUUGUGAAAUCUGUGAGACGAAUUUGAAUCCUCAUCAAUCUUUCUAUCAUUGUCAAGAUUGUGUUCAGUCGAUACAUACUGCUUGUGCUCCGUUAAUACUCCAGAGCGAGACUCAUACCUAUAUCGCUAAUCAGAGAAGCGUUUAUAAAUUUGUGAAUAUAAAGUUCGGAUUCACUCUUAACCUUCUUCGUCUUCAUAAACACCCUCUCUCAUUUGCUCAAGGUAUCAUGUCGGAUGGUGAAUGUUCUUGGUGGGGGUGUCGUUUGGGAUUACGAUACAAUAUGAUCUUUAAAUGCCUCGUGUGUAAAUUGUAAUUCAUUACGGAUGUUGUGAGAAAAAAUUAG